UAUCUCGUGCUGGCUGGCUGGCCAAAAGUGGGAGUGAUAUGUGCCGUAUGGUUGGUGCCAAGGGGACCGAAUUGAGCAGCGCCUGCUCCACCGAGUAAUGUAAUCCAGGAUCGGCCCAACCGGGGCACAGCGCGGCGUGGAAAUGUUAGUAGGCAGCCGAAGAAAAGCGGAAACAUGGGUGCACAGCUUUUCGGUGGACAACGAAACGCGCAAGUACAAGAGCUUCACCGUCUACCGCAUCACUUCGAUAGUGUUUCCACGUUCCGCACCCGAAGCCCUGACCCGUGUGAUCCUCUGGAAGCGCUUCAGUGAGGUGAAGAAGCUGUACAAGGAGCUCGUACGGCGACACCGAGAGCGGCACCUGACGGGCACGGUACCGGAACUAACCGAACAGUCCUACUUCAAGCGUUUCGACCCGUCGAUCAUCGAGCAGCGGAAGCGGUACAUACUGCGUCUACUGGAAUUUGCCGGCCAAGAGCCGAUCCUGUACCGUUCGCAUGCUUUUGUGAGCUUUUUCGCCCGAGGAAUAUCGGUAGACGACGAGGACGAUAGUCCGGUUCCGAUUGCGACCGCUAUCGAGGCGGAGGAAAAUGGAAAACCGGAACGCGUUACCACUGGCGGCCGUUCGGUGAAUGGUGGUGGCGGUGCAUCGGAUACGGCGGCCAAAGGUAAUAUUGAGACAAUAAGGCAGCAGCUUGGAAUACGGCGACCGGUGGAGCUGAGUUUGGUCGAUCCGAGGCGCGAUGUCACGAUCGAGACGACGCCUUGCUGUUCGAGUACGAGUGGUGGAGAGGGAGAAGAGGAUGAGGAUGAACUGGAUGGAUCAGAGACACCGCAACCAGCACCAGCACUGACGGCAGCGAGUGAAGCAGAUGGGUGCAGCAGUUCCGGUUCACUGAUCGGCUCCGAGACGGGCUCUCUGGCACGGGAAACCUCGGAGGAGGAGGCGGCUGCAGCGGCGGCCAUGGACUAUCUUGUUGACGCGGCCAUCGUAUUCAGCAAAGCGGUCGAAGCCGAAGCAAACGGUGACUACAAGGAAGCGUUCGAGCGGUACAAAGCAGGCAUCGAUCGGUUGCUAAGCGGUGCGAAGGAUGAUGCAAACGUCACUCGUCGACGGAUUGCCAAAGAGAAAAGCUGCAAGUAUGUUUCGAAAGCCGAAGAGAUCUACGAACGGCAUCUGCGGGAAGACGAAGGCCAGGGUAACUGUGCCGGUGAACAACCGGAACUGAGCCCGAUUUCACCCGAUGAUCCCAGCUCGCCGAUACAGCUGCUCGAGCGGCCACUGAACUAUCUGUCCCGGUACAAGGUCGUUAAGGUGAUUGGUACCGUGAUGCAGGUGCAGGAUGUAACCGAUAAGCAGUUUUACAUCAUGAAGAGCAUAAGGAGACCGUUGCCGUCAUCGGCCGGUGGACUGCCGGUCCCUAGUGCUGCCGUCUUCCCACAGGACGUGCCUUACAUGGUACCGCUGGUAGCGUACUUCCAGUCGACGGAUGGUUGCAUUUUUCUGCUGCUCCGUCUCGUGUGUGCCGGUAAGCUGUGGGAUUUCAUUCGUUCCUACCGUAAACCACCAACCGAACGCUAUUGUGCAACGCCACCAUCGGAGGAUGGGGAUGGGGAGUUGCUUGAAAGCGGUGAAGUGGUGCCACGGGAAGAGGAUCGUGAAGCGGAUCCACGUGGCGUUGUCGAUCGAUGCGAUGCCGGAUUUUUGAAUCUCAUCCAGGAGUACAGCAAUAGUAGCAACGCAACCAGGGGACCAGUAGGCGAGCAGCGGAAGGAGGAGGACGAGGGCGCGCAACAACAACUCGAACAUUCCACUUUGAACAAGACUGAAGAGUGGGCCAGUGAGCGAUCUACGGUGGCUAUGGAUGCAACGGAUGAUGGUGCUUUCGAUACCGAUGAGAUUGGAACGGAGGCACACCCCGAUGGAGACGAUGAGACCGUGGAACUGGAGAGCGAAGAACGAAGGGGUUCGAUUGAAGCUGACGCACCAGUGGUUCCUUCUUUCGAUGUCCUCUCCCAGGAUAUGGACGUACAGGAGCUUCUGUCCUGCAGCCAACAACUCCUGAAGGUGGUAGCCCAAACACUGGAAGAAUCUAGCGACCAAGCGGCGGAACUCGAGUCGGCGCGGGAAGAGGGAGAGCAGCGAUCGAAAGUUGUCGAAAGCAGUAACAGUAUAGCUGGCGACCACCAGGAACUGGAAGAGGCCGCCGUCGAUGGUCGAGUAAAUAGUAAAUCUCACUCUAGUCAAUUAGCUUUAGCGAAAACGGCCGGACGGACGACAAGUAUUAACGAUAACGAUGGACGACCUAGUAGCAAGGAGUGGCCGAACGGAAUGCAACAGGGAUGCACCGGGGAUCUACUACCGGAGGGUGUCGUACGUCGAUGGAUCAGCGAACUGGUGAUCGCCGUUGAUGCUCUUCACUUCAAUGGAAUCGUUUGCGGCGAUCUGACGAUGGAUAACCUACUGCUUGGCCCCGAAGGACAGCUGAUGCUGACGUACUUCCAUCGGCGUGGUGAAUCGUUCUUCAACCAGCAAGCAAUGACCACCGGAAGCAGUGUCACGGUUGCACCGAAACAGUCAGCCAUCCGUGGUCUUUACGUGGCACCGGAGCGUCCACUGGAACCCCGGUCCGAUUACUGGUCGGUCGGUGUGAUCAUGUUCGAGCUGCUAACGAAACGAUCCUUCGUCGCCUGCCACCCGUCCGGUGUGUUCUGCUACCACGAGGUCCAGUACCCGGAGGGCGUAGAGGUUUCGAGUGAAGCGCGGGAACUGUUGGAAGGACUGUUGCAGCCGGACGUGGAGCGACGGUACGACUUCAAGCGGAUCAUCGCCAGCCCGUUCUUUCGCAGCGUCGACUGGAGCGAAGUGAAGCAACGUGGACACCACUCUUGGGAGAGGGUUUCCCGCGGGAAAAGACUCUAACGGGCAGGAGGCCACAUCUUCGGAUACACUGACGUUCGUGUGUAUAUGUGUGUUUGUGUGCGUUUGUGUGCAUAUUGGGUAAAACAGUAGAUCUACCCCCGUGAA